CCACGAUAUUCGCAUUCUCUCUCUGCCACUUCACUUUCUCUCUCCCUGCAACUUCACUCUUUCUUCAAUUUUCGCACACAGAAUCUCUUAUCUUUCUGCAAUCUCACACACUUUACCCCUCUUUCUCGUUAUCUCCUUGCGGGAUUUCGAAAAUGGGGAGCAGAAUCCCAUCACACCAGCUCAGCAAUGGACUAUACGUAUCGGGUCGACCCGAGCAGCUCAAAGAACGCCAACCCUCAACUGCGUCACGAGCCGUACCCUACACCGGCGGCGAUGUCAAAAAAUCCGGUGAGCUUGGGAAAAUGUUCGACAUACAAGUUUCAGAUCACCCACAAGUACCAUCGCUGCUUAAGCCUCACCGGGCUUCAUCUUCUUCUCAACUGACCAGCGGUUCCCUCAGAUCCGGACCCAAUUCCGGCUCCGGUCCCAUUCCUAAGCGAGCUUCCGGGUCCGGGUCUGGCCCGAUGGUCGCGCUUCAACCGACUGGUUUGAUCACAUCCGGACAGCUUGGAUUGAGCGCCGGAAGAAGGUCCGGUCAGCUAGACCCCUCAGCGUCCGUGAUUUCCACAGGGAAGACUGUUUACGGGUCGUCUGUAACGACGUUAGGGUAUGAUGAUGUGAGGUUAGGGUUUAGGGUGUCAAGAAAGUUAAUGUGGGUGUUAUUGGUGAUGGUAGUGAUGGGAUUGAUGGUGGGGGCGUUUUUAACGGUGGCGUUGAAGAAGCCGGUGAUUAUGGUGGCGGCGGCGGCGGUUUUAGUUCCGGCUAUGAUAAUCAUACUGUGGAAUUGUACUUGGAAGAAAAGAGGAUUGUUAGCUUAUUUGCGAAAAUAUCCCAAUGCUGAGCUUAGAGGCGCCAUUGAUGGUGAAUUCGUCAAGGUCACAGGGAUUGUGACAUGUGGUAGCAUUCCUCUUGAAUCAUCUUUUCAAAAGGUGUCAAGGUGUGUAUAUGUUUCCACAGAGUUGUAUGAAUACAAAGGAUGGGGAGGGGCAUCCGCGAAUGCUAAGCACCGUUGCUUCUCUUGGGGGUGUAGUAAUUCCGAGAAAUACGUGGGUGAUUUUUACAUAUCGGAUUUUCAAUCGGGGUUAAGGGCUCUUGUGAAAGCUGGAUAUGGAGCUAAAGUGGCUCCUUUUGUCAAAGAAACUACGGUUGUUGAUAUUACCAAACAAAACCGAGAACUAUCUCCAAAUUUUCUUAGUUGGCUUGCAGACCGUAGCCUCUCGAGUGAUGACCGUGUUAUGCGUCUCAAAGAAGGGUACAUCAAAGAAGGGAGUACAGUGAGUGUGAUGGGUGUGGUGCGGCGACACGAUAACGUUGUCAUGAUCGUACCACCAACCGAGCCCAUGUCCACGGGCUGCCAGUGGGCCUGUGGGCUUCUUCCUACUUACGUUGAAGGCCUUGUGUUGACUUGUGACGAAAGUCAAAACGCUGAUGUCAUACCUGUGUAAAUUAUUGCUUUAUGAUCGAAAUUACCAUAAUGCCCUCCCCUCGGCUCAGGUAGCGACCCCACCAUAGCUUUGCAGACUAUUUAUGUAUAGAAGUUGCAGAUGGAGCCUUGGUGGCUUGGUGAAUUUUAGGGUUGUUUGUGAUGAGUGCAAGGGUAUUUUGGGUAUUUCCUUGUACAUGUUGGCUUAAGUUGUGGUAGAUUAGGGUUAUUGCUGCAUUGGAAGUUGUACGGUACAAGUUUCUCAAUGCAUUUCUUGCAAAAUAGUCCCCAGAAGUUACAUACGCUUUAAAAUUGAG